GUUUUGACUUUUCAAACAGCUUUGGAAAAAUGGCGGCCCCCAUGACAUGGAGGAGACUUGUGUACUCGCUUUACACUCCGGCUGUCUCUGGAAUUUUAUCUAAAAUUUCGGACAAGUUCUGUAGGACACGUGAUAGAAGAAGAGGGUCCUCACUGCUGCUCCUGGCACCUCUCUUGGCAGAUACAGACUCUAUGGUGUCCAGACUGCCAGGCUCCACUGAGGGUCUCCACACACGCUUCCACUGGAUUGCUGACCAUGUGCCAGCAUUCAGAGUUCCAGGGGGCCACAUACACAUCCUUCACUCCCCCAAUGAGUUCUAUCAGGUUAUGAAGGAACGAAUCAAGACAGCCAGAAGUCGAGUAGUGAUUGCGUCCUUGUAUCUUGGCACAGGACCACUAGAACAGGAUCUUGUUGAGUGUAUGGAGCAGGCACUCAAACGUUCUCAGGAAGAAGCUUCUCCUGAUUUAAAAGUGUCUGUGCUACUUGACUACACAAGGGGAUCAAGAGGAAAGAAUAACUCUCGAACAAUGCUGUUGCCGUUGCUGCAGCGCUUUCCAGAGCAGAUGAGAGUGUCUUUGUAUCACACUCCAGACCUGCGUGGGCUGCUACGCCUCCUGGUGCCUGAACGCUUCAACGAGACUAUUGGUGUACAGCAUAUCAAAGUUUACCUGUUUGACAACAGUCUCAUCAUCAGUGGAGCUAAUCUGAGUGAUUCGUACUUCACUAAUCGUCAGGAUCGUUACGUGCUGUUAGAGGACUGCAAAGAGGUGGCUGAUUUCUUUUCGGAGUUAGUGGGAGCAGUGAGUGACAUAUCACUUCAGCUUGCACCUGAUGACAGCGUUCACAUGUUGGAGGGAAUGGUGCACCCUUACAAAGGUAAUCGGGUAGAUUUCUCAGCUUUAGCACAGCAGCAUAUUAUGGGAGUAAUGAAUUCAGCCAAGACACGACAGCACAUGCUGGAGAUGGAUUCCUGCUCAGAAGUGGAAUGUCGAGAAGAGCAUAGUGACACCUGGGUCUUCCCACUUGUGCAAAUGAAACCUUUGGGUAUCCAGUUGGAUGAGGAGGUAACGCAGAGACUGCUGACGGAGGCAGAUGGGGACUCCACAAUAUAUCUAACAUCGGGCUACUUUAACCUGACAAAAACCUACAUGAGACUAGUACUGGGAGCUGCUGCAGAUUAUCGCAUCCUCAUGGCCUCACCAGAGGUCAAUGGUUUUUUUGGGGCCAAAGGUGUGGCAGGUGCCAUUCCCGAAGCUUACAUUCACCUUGCCAAUCAGUUCUAUAGCAAGGUGUGUGAGCUGGGUCAACAGGAUAGAGUCCACCUGCAUGAGUAUCAUCGGCCUGACUGGACUUUCCAUGCCAAGGGAUUGUGGUACUACCUGGAAGGAAAUCCCCAUCCCUGUCUGACUCUUAUAGGCUCACCCAAUUUUGGUUAUCGCUCUGUGCACAGAGACCUAGAGGCUCAGAUAGCCAUAGUAACAGAAAAUGAUGAACUCCAGACUCAACUGCAACAGGAGCGAGACCUGUUGUAUCGGAAAUCCACAGAGGUGUCCGGCACCACCUUUAAACAACCCAAUCGUUAUGUGAAGUUAUGGGUGAAGUUGGUCACUCCUCUAAUUAAGAACUUCUUCUGAGAUACUGCAAGCCAGAGUGAUUUAGACCUCUUACAGUCCAUACCAGCGUUCUAUAUUUGAUGUUCUGAAUGACAUUCCUGAUUGAGAGUCUUAUGCCAGUUGGUCUGUAAACAGCCUUGAAGGUCAGUUCUUUAUUUAUUCUCUCUGCCAACCAUUCUAAUAUGUAUUAUUAUUAUUAGUGUUUUUGGUUCUAUAAAUAGUAUUUUUAAAAUAAAGGCUUGGAUGUGAUGUGUGUUUAAUCCAGUAUUGAGGUCCUAAAACAUAUAAUUUCAAAUAAUCUUACCUUCCACGAAAAGGCCAUAGAUAAAAGCACCAUCUCUGGGUGCACUGGUCAUGUCCUCCCUAUUCUUUUUAGUCACCUCCUAUAGCCAAACGCAUCUAGUCCAAAGGCCAUUCAUGUUUCCUGGCUGUGGACUGCACGAUGGCAGUGAGGAAAGACUGGGGUUUGAAAAAGCCAGGAAGCCAAGCUGCAGCAGGCAUGGAAAAGUCAGAUGUCCAUGUCUCCAGUUCCUAUAGAUACAGCAUUUUAUUGAGAUGUCGUUUCUUGAUACAAUUUAAUUUCAUUUUUUGAUAAAAGCUUUCUUUUUAUAAAAACAAAAAUAAACCAUGGCUCAGUAAACCUCUGGUCUAGGCUACAGAACACAUCAAUGUCACAUCAAACCUAAUUAUUAUUUAACUGAUUCA